UAUACAUCAAUAAUUUAGUGGUUGAAUUUCCAUAAUAACAAGCACAAGCACAGCUCUCUUCAUUGUGCAGUGAAAAUCAAUCAUGGUUUCUAUUUGAAUCAGAAUCAGAAAAUUUUCAGAUGGCAUGCGAGGAAGUUGCACAUUCAAGACCUGUCUUUCUCACGAUCUACACUGUUGUCAUCGUUGUUUCUUCCUUAUACGUUUUCUCCGCUAUACACUAUUCUUCUACAACCUCUUCAGCUUGGUCUUCUUUUCCUCCUCUUUCAAAUGAGGAUCCUCGGCUUUUAGAUCGAACAUUUGAUGCUUCUCAGUUAGAAACAAUGCAUGCUGUGCCCUCUGCUUUCCCUGAGCUCCAAAAUGUGUCGAGAAAGCCUAUUUUGAAUGUUCCUCCUCGCAAUAAAAAGAUGCCGCCCUUGAAAGAGUUUAGACUGACCAAAGAAUUGGUUCAACAAAGGGUGAAAGAUAACAUUAUAAUAGUUACAUUCGGUAACUAUGCAUUCAUGGACUUUAUUCUGACUUGGGUUAAACAAUUGAAUGAUCUCGGAGUUUCCAAUUAUCUUGUUGGUGCAAUGGACACGAAAUUAUUGGAGGCACUUUAUUGGAAAGGGGUACCGGUUUUUGACAUGAACAGCCAUAUGAGCACCAUGGAUGUUGGCUGGGGUUCUCCAACAUUUCAUAAGAUGGGGAGGGAAAAAGUUAUUUUGAUAAACUCCAUACUGCCUUUUGGUGUUGAACUGUUGAUGUGUGAUACUGACAUGGUUUGGUUGAAGAACCCACUUCCAUAUCUUGCUCGUUAUCCUGGAGCAGAUGUUUUAACAUCCAGUGAUCAAGUUAUACCAACAGUUGUUGACGAUAGUCUGGAAGUUUGGAAAGAAGUUGGUGCGGCCUACAAUAUAGGAAUUUUUCAUUGGAGACCUACAGAGUCUGCGAUUAAAUUGGCAAAGGAAUGGAUAGAACUGCUUGUGGCAGAUGAUAAGAUAUGGGAUCAGAAUGGGUUUAAUGAUAUUGUCCACAGAGAGUUGGGACCAUCGGUUGACGAGGACAGUGGACUUGUUUAUGCUUAUGAUGGAAAUCUAAAGCUGGGAAUUUUGCCUUCAAGUAUCUUUUGCAGUGGUCAUACAUAUUUUGUCCAGGGUAUGUAUCAGCAACUCAGGUUGGAGCCAUAUGCAGUGCACACAACAUUUCAAUAUGCAGGCACAGAAGGAAAGCGCCACCGACUACGAGAAGCCAUGCUUUUCGAUGAUCCACCUGAAUACUAUAAUCCUCCUGGGGGUUUCUUGUCAUUUAGGCCAUCUAUUCCAAAAAGCUUGUUGCUAAGCGGGAAGCAUACCAUUGGAUCACAUUUUAUCCUUAUUAAUUACCAAAUGAAACAAAUUAGGACUGCACUUGCAAUUGCUUCCCUUCUGAACAGAACACUGGUCAUGCCUCCACUAUGGUGCAGGAUUGAUAGGCUAUGGUUUCCCCAUCCAGGUGUUUUGGAGGGGUCUAUGACUAGACAACCUUUUCUCUGUCCUUUGGAUCAUGUAUUUGAGGUGAAUGCCAUGUUAAAUGAACUUCCAGAGGAUGAGUUUGGCCCUGAUAUCGAUUUUAGAGAGUACUCCAUACUUGAUAAUCCAUCACUGCCCUCAGAGGUGAAAAAGUCGUGGCUUGAUGUUCACCUCUGUAAAGAAGGAACCCAAAAUUGUAAUGCAUCAAAUAAUGUAACUGUUGGGGGAGUACUUAAAUUCCCAAAGCAUAGCAAUGAGGAAAUGUUCAUGAAAGUAUUUUCGUCGUUCAAGGAUGUAAAAGUAAUCCAGUUUUCUUCAAUGCAAGACGCAUUUACAGGUUUCAAAGACAAGGAAAGGGAAGAUAGAUUCAGAAAACGAGUUAAACACUACACUGGUAUAUGGUGCUGUGUGACUGAUCACACUCCCGGUCACAUAUAUUAUGAUAUAUACUGGGAUGAGAAACCUGGAUGGAAGCCAAUUCCUCCUCAAACUUCUGCAGAUGACCAUCCACCUUGGUGAGGUCAAUUUCAGAAUUAUAUGUUCAUCUUCAAAACAGUUGUAGGGGAUACAAUCAUAAACAGAAGAUAUUCAAAGGUGCUUCAUUUCCAACUCGCUGUGAAGACCAGUAUCGUAUACUUGUGGAAGUAAACACUAUGUACCACUGACACUUCUUAUUGAAGUCUUGUCCGGGUGUCCAUAUCUUUGUCAUUGCUUCAUAUACAGCCUUUAUCCAUGUUGAGGAUGUUGGUACUUAUUUGAGGGAUCUGAUAGUGUGAUUGCAAGAGAAUGAUUUGUAUUAACAUCUUCCAACAUUGCAAAUUAGAGAAAGGGAAGACAACAAUAUAUCAGAUGAGGCUGCAGUUUUUGGAUGUUGUUGUCUUAGUUUUUUAUUUUUAUUUUAAUAAGCUAGAAGUUUAUUCAAGAGAAUGAUAUUGAAUUGCUUGUAAUUAAAAUAACAGAAGAAAUCCAAAUCUAUCACUCUUUCUUUUUUUUAUUUUUUAUUUCAAACA